GCUUGGACGAUCGUCACCACCAGCAGCACCAGCAGCAGUGGCAGCUUGGCGGCAGGUUGACGACCGGAUGCGUGUGAAGAAGCUGAACGUGAACCGGCGCCACAAACCAGGGGAAGACGAGGCCGUCGCGGCGGGUGGAGAUAGCGAGCAGCGCAAGUGGGUAAGCCCCACCAAGCCUCAACGAGGAGCAGCGGCCCGCACCGGCAGCAACAGUGGCUCCAGUAGCCCCACAUACGUCCAGCAACAGCAUCAACAGCAGCACUUGGGCGAUCAUUCGCCGUUGCAGUUCCAGACCCAGAACAGUUCGGAGCUCUACGCCUUACGCGGUGGAUCCGGUGGCGUCUCAGUGAUGCCUAACGCAGCGGCAGCGAAUGUCUUGUUGCAAGAGGGCGAGGCGUCUGACAAGAGUACCAUGCGCAAGGCCAUGAUCGACCGGAUUGUCGAGACCCUACGCGCCUUGAAACCCCAGGCUCCCGAGAAGGUGUUGGCUGCACUGCCGAGACUGGCCUUGCACAUGGAGAAGGCACUGUUCAAACUGGCCAAGAACGAGGCGGAGUACUGUGAUCCAUCCACACUGAGACUGCGCAUCGCCCACAUUCAGGAGAACAAUGCCAAGCGGUUACUAGCCCAGCAGCAGCCGCAACAGACACCCGAGCAGGGCGGCAACUCGGCCAUUUCGCUCAAGCCGCUGACCGAGGAACAAAUUUGCGUUGUCUUCCAGCACCUGCAGUCCUGGCGCCAGAAACUCGUCAAUAUAUACGGUGUGGCGCCCUGGGAUAUCUUGCCAAACGCUACACUGGCCAAGUUGGCAUUCUACAUGCCGUCCACGGAGCAGGAGCUUUCCGUAUGCGGUGUGGGGGAUGAACAGAUGGCGCGUUUCGGCUCUUCGCUAGUGCAAGAGCUGCAGCGUCUUCGUGGCCCUAUUUCCAGCAAACCAGCCACCCGGUCGCUCAAAACCAAGCAAGGGCGCAAAGCUGGCCCUGGAAAACGCGGAUCUUCUGACUCGUUGGCUGCCGGUGCCAACAAAAAAAGGAAAAAUGUAGAAGCAGCGCGUCUGGCUCCAGCAGCUCCAAGCUUCAACGGUACGUCGCUCAUGGCCCCAGCACCAUUGCUUCCUGCCGUGGACUCGCUCCCGACGUUACUAUCGACGGUCUCAAUGAUACCAGGAGGUCCAUUCUUCUCGCGAUUGCAGCCUCAGCAGCAACAGGGAGCUCCAUCUUGUGCACCGGAGGAUCACAUGCACUUGCUAGCUCAAGGAGCAGGUCAGCUGAGUAAACAGCAGAACGCCAAGAGUCUGGAGGCGUACGAACACGAAGUGCAAUCGCUACGGUGGAUGUUGCACCAGUCACAACAGGAAAAGUCGCAACUAGAAAUGGAAAUCCAACGUUUGCGCGCCCAGUUGCAAAGUGCUAAAAGCGGACGACAGCAUCCCGGUAUUUAA